AAAAAAAUGGAUGUGCUUUCGUUCGUUGAAUAUAUAAUUUCUUUUUUUUCUUCUUUUUUUAAGAAAAAUUCAAAUGACAAAGAGUUAAUAUCAAAAAUUUACUUUGAGCUUAUUUACUAUUCUGAGUUACAUUCAUCGAACUAUAAAGAAACCAUAGAAAUUUUCAAUAAAGUGUUAUCUGAAAAUACUGUGCUUUCACGGCCAGAAAAAGAACUUUUGCGAGAUAGAGUUUCCAGGAAUAUUGAAAGAGAAAAAGAAUUGUUUAAAAGGGGCGAACCGUUUGAAUGUAUUCAUUGCAAGUUAACGAGAUAUUCUACGCGUUACUGCGAAAAUUGCAUCAUUCAAUAUUUAAAAAGUCUCCUUGGAACUUGGGCGUCUGGAAGCGAAGCUAUUGAUGAGUUCAUUCGUGAAUGCCAGUCAAAAUCAGCGCUUCCUUUACAUAUUAUAGAAUGGAUUUCGUUCGAUCAAUUUGAAGAUGUAGAAUACUUAGCAGAUGGUGGAUUUGCUAAAAUAUAUACUGCAAAGUGGAAACGGGGAGCAAUACUAGAUUGGAAUGAAAGCAAACAAGAAUUUAUUUAUCAGGGUUCUCAUAAGGUUGUACUUAAAUCUUUAAACAAUUCAAAACAACCCACUAAAGAGUUUUUUGAUGAGGCUAAAGCACUUGUCAAUGUUAGAUCUGGUGAUAUUGUUAAUGCAUAUGGCAUUACAAAAUUUCCUCAAGAUGGCAAUUACGCUAUAGUUAUGAAUUAUUUUGGCGAAGGAAAUUUACGAAGUUAUUUAGAAAAGAAUCAUGAAACAAUGAGUUUGAAAGAAAAAGUGUUCGCCAUUUGGCGAAUUUGUUUUGCUUUAUCAGAUAUUCAUGCUCAAGACUUGGUUCACUACGAUUUGCAUAGUGGGAACAUCCUUUUAUAUACAAAUAGAUGUUUAAUUGCUGACUUGGGAUUAUGCGGUCCAGUAGACGAUGAUAAUGUAAGAAAAUUGUAUGGAAUUGUUCCAUACAUGGCUCCUGAAUUAUUCCUACUUCAGAAAUAUACAAAAGCAAGUGAUAUAUAUAGUGUUGGUAUGUUGAUGUGGGAGAUUUUUGGUGGAUUUCCACCAUUUAAUGAUAUUCCCCACGAUCUUUCGACUAUUUCUAACAUUAUCUCUGGCUUGAGACCACCAAUGUUAUCCGAGAUUCCAAAUGAAAUUCAAAGCCUUAUUAAGCGAUGCUGGAACGGAGAUCCUUCGAAGAGGCCAACUAUUGAAGAAAUCCUUGAUGUAAUUAAAUAUCAAUAUAGACAAAUUCUUGAAACUGAAGAAUUAAGUAUUGCAUAUGAUAAUGAAAAGAAAACUUAUUCAGGAUCUCGAAAAGCUAAUAAGCCGACAAAUCAGACUUAUCAUACUAGUAGGAUUUUAUCUCUUUCAGAAAAGGAUAUUAAUAAAUUCGUCAUCCCUGAAGAUUUUGAUGACGAAAAUGUGGAUUGGGAAUGAGAUUUAACUUAUUUUAUUGUAAUAUUGUACAAUAAUGUAUGUUUUAUAAAUUUUUUAUUCUAUUUUAUUCUUUUAUACUGUAAUAUUUAUUCAAAAAUAAAUGUUUUAUUCCAUAUUUUAAACAAAUGAAAAGAGCAAUAAACAUGCUGCUUUAAAAAGUUUAAAAAAUUCUAAUUGCUCAAAUACUUUAAAAAUUAUUAUAUUUCAUAAUAUUGUUCUAUAUAAUUUGAAAUUAAAUUAGAAUCUGUUCAUAUUCUUAAUUAUGAAAGUUUAGAAUCUAUCAUUUCCUAUUG